CAGGGAGAAGCAGCAGGAAGUGUAGACAUUUCGGUGGUUUCAUAAAAGUCCAUGAGUCAGGAUAAAAGAUACAAUAAGCAAGAGGAUAACAGACUGUUUACCAAGCGAUUGAGGAAAGAGGCAGGGGCUCCCACACCACAGACAACAUUCUCUCACCCGGGUGGCGAAAUCGCCUCUCAGUAGCAGGCAGACGGCAGAGAGCAGCAGCCACUGGCGGUCGUCUGUUAGCGAUCUAAUUCUUAGAAUUCAUACAUCGAGAAAUAAAAUGUCAUAAAACAAACCCGGAUGCUUGGCGUCUGACCAGCCGCACGAUCAGCUCAGUUCUGGAUCUUCUUCCCGGCCAUUGUGACAAUGGAAGACGGGAUCACAGCAGCCAGUGACGCACAGGAAUGUGAAGUCCACAUAGCACCACCACGCCUCCACUUUUCCAAAAAGUGUGGAGAAGCUCCCCAGUGGACAAACGGGCAGUGUGUCAUUGCAGUGCCCAGUUGCCCCAAACUGUGUCGUAAGUUCGACAUCCCCCAUUGUCGAGCUCUGCUGGAGCAGCGCGGCUUUAAUAUUCCUGCUCAAGAUUUCGACAGACCUCUACAAGUCGCACUGGGCUCCUCCUCAGUCAGAAGAUACCUCUUAUUCAGCUCCUCUGUCUUUCAGUUCGUCUUUGCUCUGGUGCUGUAUUUGGUGGUGUGGUGCGGUCUGUACUCCACAUUCCAUCUCUACCUAAAGCUGGACCUUAAAGGCUUUGGGAUUCUUUGUGUCUCUGUCACUCUAGCUUCCAUCUUCAUCACCUCUGCGAUUGUGCUCAUUCUCAAUCACAGCAACAAGCAGAUAAACAUUAACACGGAUGUUAGGCUGGUCCAGGUGAACGAGAGGCUGUGGAAGUACAGAUUACUGGUGGGCCUGGAUGACUCAGAAUCUCUCUGUAUGGGGACUUUACGACUGUACUUUCUGUUCUGGGAUCUGUCUCCGUGCCUGACCAGACUGACAGGCUCUCUGGAGCAGAUGAAGCUCAUGGGGGGAGACCUCCAGAAAAGACUCAAACGAAGUAUGUCACAUCUACACCUGCCGAUCACGGUAUCAAGCCACGAUAUUGCACAUGGAGACCCAGAUGAGGAGCGGUCUGAAGAAACAAGACCCCUACUCGCGGAGAAUGAAGGCAGAGGCCGCAAUACUGCAAAUAGCCAGAGGGAGGCAGCAUUCACCAAAAGCUACAGCCUUGUGCCAGACCAAACACUCUCUUCUCAGAUCACAGCAUAUCGUCUCCUGAUGACCUACAGCGCGACCUACGUCAAACUCUCGGCUUCCCAGAGGCUCCCCAACUCCCCAGCGUCUUCACUGCACGCCCUAAACUCUGACAGGCCUCACUGCACCAUGGCCCCUGUCUGCCUGUGCCAGUAUAUUAAGAAGAAUGUCCUAUAUUAAUCAGAAACUUUAACUGGUGGGAGUUUAAUCCACUGCAUUAAUCAGAGGCAAACAUUAAACAUUUGACACUGUACUCAGUGUCUGAGUGUCUGACUCGUUAUACAGUAGGUCUUCAUGUGCUGACAGUUUAAAUGAUUGAAUCGUAAUAUUAGCUCCUGGAUAUUAAAAUGAAUGUUAAAUAUUUCAUGAUUAUCAGAUAAGUAGCAAAACAAGUAUAAUGAUGAACAGGCAUGUGGUCAAUCCCAAUGCUGAUGCGAAGAUGGAAAAAUUUGCACUUGCCACUACAGAGGAGGUACUAUGUAAGUUCCACAGUGCUGACAUGUUUAGUUCAUUAUCUUCUGAUGCUGAAUGAUGUGCUGACUAGUUAAUAACGGUAAUGACAUCCUGCCUCUGUAUCCCUUCAUUAAUAGGAGGACUUGGAGAGAAAUGAUGGGUCGGCCCUGAGACUGUAUGUCCCAUAAAUUCAUAAAGGUGCUUCUCAAAGAGCUGACUGAAAUAAAGGUGCAGAAACCUACUUA